UCAGUUAUUGGCUAGUAACAGCAGCAGCGCAAUGUAAGAGACACCGAGUCUCUGUAUGCGAAAAUAGCGGUGUGGGUCAUUACAAAUCAAACGGACAGAGGGCGGGUAAACAGUCACCGGUGAGGGACAUAUCCAUCUCAUCCGUUUGCUCGAUGGUGUCACGGCAGAGUCCAUCACAGAUCCAGUACGAGGUGCUUUGGGCCUGAAAAUGGACUCUAUUUCCCUGUUGGGCAGCAGCCCGGCCAGCACCAAAGUUUGCUUCCUACCCAACGGGCUGAAGAACGGUUCCAGCGAGGGAUCUGGCAAGCCCACAGUCGGCAUCAUCGGAUCUGGGGACUUCUCCAAAAGCCUGACCCUCCGGCUGCUCCGCAGUGGGUUUCAUGUGGUGGUGGGGAGCCGACAGCCCAAGAGAGCGGCCGAGUCGUUCCCGCAUGUGGUAGACGUGACCCAUCACGAGGAUGCAGUGGGGAAGACCAACAUCGUGUUCCUGGCCAUUCGCCGAGAGCACUAUUCCUCUCUCUGGGACAUCAAGCACCUGCUGGCAGGAAAAAUACUGGUGGAUGUCAGCAACAACAGACGGGUGAACCAGUAUCCAGAAUCAAACGCAGAAUACCUAGCUUCCCUAUUCCCAGAAUCCAUUGUGGUCAAAGGCUUCAAUGUGAUCUCGUCCUGGGCCAUGCAGUCAGGCCCCAGAGACUCCAGUCGACAGGUGUAUAUUUGCAGUAAUUCGGCAGACGCUCGACAGCAGCUCAUUGAAAUGUCCCGUCAGCUCAGUUUCAUCCCUGUGGACAUGGGCGCCCUCUCCUCUGCCAAGGAGAUCGAGAAUAUGCCACUGCAUCUCUUCACAGCCUGGAAAGGACCUGUUUUGACCACCGUCGCAUUGUCCAUCUUCUUUUUCGCUUACUCCUUUGUGCGGGACAUCAUCCAUCCUUAUAUGAAAACCAGACAGAGUUUUUUCUACAAGAUUCCUCUGGAAAUAGUGAACAGGACGCUGCCUGUAGUGGCCAUAGUUCUGCUAGCACUGGUGUAUUUGGCAGGACAGCUCGCUGCCGUGUACCAGCUCAUCUACGGGACGAAGUACCGGCGUUUCCCGUCCUGGUUGGAGGGCUGGCUGGAGAGCCGCAAACAGCUGGGUUUGUUGAGCUUCUUCUUUGGCUGCAUACACGUGCUGUACAGCCUCUGCCUGCCCAUGAGACGCUCAGAGAGAUACCUGAUGCUCAACAUGGCCUAUCAGCAGGUGCAUGCCAAUAUAGAGAACUCAUGGAACGAAGAGGAAGUUUGGAGAGUGGAGAUGUACGUUUCCUUUGGCAUCAUGGCUCUGGGGCUUCUCUCUCUAUUAGCUGUCACUUCCAUCCCAUCCAUCCAUAACGCGCUCAACUGGCGAGAGUUUAGCUUUAUCCAGUCUACCCUAGGUUACAUCGCACUGCUCAUUUCCACGUUCCACGCUCUGCUCUUCGGCUGGCAGCGGGCGUUUCUGGAGGAGUCUUAUCGUUUCUACAUGCCACCCAAUUUUGUCCUGGCUCUGGUUCUACCCGUCACGGUGAUAAUCGGAAAAGUGGUGUUGCUGCUUCCCUGUGUGAGCCGGAAGCUGAAACAGAUCAGGCGUGGAUUAGACCCCAGUCAGAGCCGUACCAACCACGAGAGACCAGCAGCCCACGUUUCACCUGAGAGGGUCACCAUCAUGUAACUCCACCAGUUAUUUGAUAUCACAGUAACGUAAACUCUCAGUCUUUUGUUUCUAGUUGUGCUAAUCAUACUCAUAAUACCCGACCACUGUACAGCCCAUCUGUAAGUUUACAUGUCAGCUGCUUUUUUGGAUAAGGGUCAUGGACUAAAAGGUUUGUUUGUAAUUAGUAUUCAGUUCCAGAUGAUGAAUAGGAGUUCAGUUGGAACUGCACUGGUCAUGUGACCUCAAUUACCCCUUGAAGGAGGAUGUCAUGUGACUGGAUGACCUGAUCAAGAGCUUUAUUGUAUCCCCAAACUUGUUAUUUACGCGCACACUACCGUUAAAAAAUUUGGGGUUGGUAAAAUGUCUCCCAUACUUACCAAGGCUGCACUUAUUUAAUUAAAGUACAAUAAAAUAGUAAUAUUGUGAAAUAUUAUUCU